ACAGAUAAAAGCGUUUAACAGGACUUAACAGGACUCAUUUCAGUUGGCUUUCUUGUGCUUCAAGGAGCGUAAUCCAGUGAUUUGUGGAUAAUUGUUCGACUUCUUCUCUUUUCCAACAUGAAGAUUUUAUUAAGCGUGCUUCUUUUUGUGGUGGUCACUUUGACUUCGGUUUCAUCCGCAAGACCGAAAAAGGAAGGCAAAAAACUGUUCGUCCGAUGUCAAGGUGAUUCAUGCCCCAAACCUAAAAACGCCCAUCACCAACAAUAUCGUCUGCCAACAUCUUGCCUUGACUACCUCAGAAAAGGUGUUUCUAAAUGUGGUGUUUACAAGAUCUACGAUAACGCUGGCAACAGCUUUCCUGUCUAUUGUGAUAUGAAGACCGAGCCUGGAAAUGCCUGGACCCUUGUCGAGUCUUGGAGUAACAAGAAUCGCGCAUUCAGUCAGUUCAAGUCCGCUGUUUUCAGCACAAACGCUCCCGUCAACGAGAAUGCACCCAACUUUAACAUAUACCGGCAGACAUUGUCUCGUAUACAGUCCAUCAAGAGUCACUCUACACACUGGAGAGCCACGUGUAGUUACCCUACACACGGGGUAGACUACAGGGACUACGUCAGGGGAAACUUCAAGGACUUUGACAUCAUGACCUACCUCGGUGCUGGAGUGUGCAAGAAGGUCGAGUACAUCAACAUCCGUGGACAUAUUGGCAUCCACACNACCGCUAAAUGGUGGCAGAGAGAUAACACCUGGAGUUUACACACUGACAGUAGUUAUUUAAAUUAUAAAGGCUGUGGAUUCAAUCCGGCAGCAGGAUCAGUCAUCCAAGAAGAUAACUUUGGUUUCCCUCACACUAUCAACCCCUAUUUCCGCUGUACCGCUAACAACAAGUCAACAACCCAGUGGUGGUUCGGUGGUCAUCUUUGAACAAGAAAACUUGUUCCGGCUCACUCAGGACAGGCGAGAAUCUAAAAUCCUAAACGAUGUAGAAUUUAGUUUCUAAUGAGAAAGAAGACAUUCAAUGAUAAAACAGCUGUAAAAGAGAGUUAACUAAAAGGGAUUAAAUUAAAUUAUAAAUAUGUAAUACACUAGCAAUUAAUUUGUUAGUUUUUCUGAUCAGGCAGCAUUGAGUCCCGUUAGCUCUGGCGUUAUCCUUUCUUUAAUGCGUUGUAAACGAUAAGAAUAAAGAUCAGUUUUGAAAGUCUAAUCA